CAUAACAGCUAUCAAUAUUUAUCAACAGCGUUAUUACAGGAGUACACAAUAUUGGAUAUAACAAUGUAAAAAUCACGAAUUUAUCCCUUACGUUUUCGAGGCCGCCAUUUUGUCACGUGGUUUUUGUCGAGUCUGCUGAGUUCAACGCUCAUGCCAUCGAGGGUUGAGCCCGAGUAGCUAACUAGGUCAGAUAUGACGUCACUCGGGUCGGUACCCGAGGAAAAAAUGAAGUUCGACUGGAGCUCGACCCGACCGAGUCCAACCUCGGGUUACAGUGCAAAUCGACGGCUGCGGCCAACUAAGCAAUCCCGGGAAACGGGUCACUCACCCGAGUCAUGAAAUCUAUUUUUGCCUGCGCAUGCCAUACAUAGUUUUGAUAAAUAUGGGUCGUCCAAAAGCAAAGAAAAAGGCAAAGCGGACCGAUAAAGACAGCCUCAAAGAGCUAGCUGGAGGAUCGUCCCGAAGUAAAGCUGUCUCACAAGCAGCCAUUGCCACCGAGGCAAAAUACUCGGUCAGUCAGUUACUGGAUAAGGCAGAGGAACUUAUCGAUGCAUUCGACUAUGAAGUUGCCCAGAAGUUCUGCCAGAGGGCGCUUGAGUUGGAAGUGGAUAACACACGAGCAUUGGAGACGUCCGGAACGUUGAUGCUGGAGACGGGAAAUGCCGAGGCAGCCAAACAAUGUUUUGGUCGAGCCAUAGAGUUGAGUCCAGAGAAAGGUUACAGCAAAUACAUGGCCCUUGGUCAGCUCUUUGAGGGUCAGCAAAGUAUUCAGUGUUACCAGAAGGGGAUUGAGCUGAUGGUGAAGGAAAUGCAAGAACAUCAGGAAAAACAGGUGGCAGCAGCAUGUGCCCAGGAUGAUAAACAUAACGAGCUGUGCCGGGGUAUCUCUAGUGCUUAUUGUUCCGUCGCUGAAAUCUACAUGACUGACUGCUGUGAUGACGAAGGUGCUGAAGAGAAGUGUCAAAGCUCAAUAGAGAAAAGUAUCGAGGCGGACAAUUCCAACCCAGAGGCGUAUCAGAUGAUGGCCAGCUUCCUAUUGGUCAAACAAGAUAAAGAUAAUGCAAAAGAAGCAAUAAAUAGAAGUGUGUCACUAUGGUUACCGAAGUUCAAAGAGCGCGAAAAGAGUACAUCGGAAGAUUUUGAUCCAGUUGAGGCUGUCCCGCUCACGUACCAGACACGGGUGCAGGCAGCACAGAUACUGACAGAGGUAGAGGAAUACCAAACAGCAUUUGAAAUAUUAGAGUCACUUUUGGAUGAAGAUGAUGAGGUCAUCCAAGUGUGGUAUAUGAUUGGAUUGUUGAACCACCUGCAAGGAUCGGAAUAUUACGGUAACGCGAGGCAUUAUCUUGCCAAGGCCAAAGAGCUUUCUACCAAACUGGUGUGUGACGAUGAGCCAAUGUUGAAACACAUCGAGGAACUCAUUGAUGAGUUGGGUGCGGGUGACGAGGAGGCUGUAGAGACUGAUGGCGAUGAUUGGGAAGAUGUGGAUUCAAGCACCGAAGAAGAAGCAAUGGACGCGUUAUGAGUUGUCACAUUCGUAGACUUAUAAACUUCCGUUCAGAUGACUACAAAGAAAUGCACAACACCCAUGUGCCAAGUUCGAUAUUCUAUGGUGAAUGAGGAGCACUUGGAGACUAUUCUCUGUGGGUACUUAAAGUUCUUCUACAGAGAGCAGGUUUCUUUGCAUCAGAAAAUUAACACAUUCUAUUGUGACUGUCAGCAGCUUGAUACCAGUUGCACCCACAUGAAACGGGAACUCUUCAAACUGGUUUUUCUGCCACCCAGCUUUCCUUUUCUAACCUCAGCAUAACUAAUUGUGGUUAAAUUUGUUGGGCAAAUAGUGAACAAUUUGUGCCUGCAUGUCCAACUGAGGUUUGGGGUCUUUUUUGUCAAGGCCUGUCACUUAUUUGACACUUGUCCUUUUCAACAGCUUUUGUAAGCCUAAUUCAUUUGACUCAAGCAAACCAUCACAAGAUAUGGCUAUUGUCUGGAUAUCAGUUUUGUGAAUGAAAUAUAUCUUGCACGAUAUAGAUAUA